AUGGAGAUCGGCACCGAGAUCAGCCGCAAGAUCCGGGGUGCUAUAAAAGGAAAGUUGCAGGAGCUGGGGGCUUAUGUUGAUGAAGAGCUCCCUGAUUAUAUUAUGGUCAUGGUGGCAAAUAAGAAGAGUCAGGAACAGAUGACAGAAGACCUUUCUCUUUUCCUUGGAAACAACACUGUCAGAUUUACAGUCUGGCUCCAUGGUGUUUUGGAUAAACUGCGAUCUGUGACUACUGAACCAGCUAGUGUGAAAUCUUCAGAACCUAGUAUCUUUGAGGGUAACCUUCCUUCCAGCAAAAGCAGCUCAAGUGAUGAAAGGAGGCGUGAAGAGAUCAUACCACCCCUUGCAGUUUCCAGCACUCGAACUGAAAGAAAUGACUCAAGAGUUUCAACUAGCUCACAGGAGCAAAGGAACACUGCUGCACGGCAGUCUUCUGAAGAUGGUUCGGCAUCUCGCUUAACAUCUACAGUCAAGCCUUUGAGGGAAUUGUCACCUUCCGAAGCUGUAAUUGACAUUAAACCUGAACCAGAUGACCUCAUUGAUGAAGACCUGAACUUCAUGCAGGAGAAUCCUUUGUCACGGAAGAAACCUAUUGUAACUGUAACUUAUGGUUCUUCUCGUCCUUCCGCUGAAAUCUACCGACCACCAGCUAGCAGAAGUGCAGAUGGAAAUACACAUGUGCACAGAUUGUCACAACAGGGCAACUUACAGGGGAGUCUGCAGUUAGACAUUCAAAGCUGCAAGUCAUUGGAAGCAGGCCAGCUCUGCGGUCCAGAAGCAUUUAGCAGCUUAGCAGAAAGUUACAGACCCACCUCCAAACUUAGUGCCGAUAAAGUAGGCAGUGAGGAAGAAAGCUCCAGAAAGAGACGAUUGCCUGUUGUAAGCUCAGUAGUCAAAGUGAAAAAGUUCUGUAAUGACGGGGAAGAUGAGGAGGAGGAGGAGGAGGAAGACUAUGGACUGCGAACAGGAAGCAUCUCCAGCAGUGUGUCUGUGCCUGCAAAGCCAGAAAGGAGACCAUCACUGCCACCUUCAAAACAGGCCAAUAAGAAUUUAAUAUUGAAAGCAAUCUCUGAAGCACAGGAAUCAGUCACAAAAACUACCAAUUAUUCCAUUGUUCCACAGAAACAAACUGUUCCAGUUGCACCAAGAACUCGAAUUAGCCCAGAAAAAUCUCCAUUAGAAGUAAUCCAUGUGCAAAACAGAUUGCCUGCACUGAGUUCUCAGUUUCAAGCAGAAGAGCCAAAGGAGCAGACAGUUGAAGGAAUUCAAGGAGCUGAACAAAAGGAGCUCUCUUCUCGGCUCCAGAUUGAUCCUGUGAUGGAAGAUACUUUGCAAGUGACUCAAGAUUACUGUGAUGCAGAAUCUGUGGUCCAUGCAGACACUAGGUCGUUCAUCCUGAAGAAGCCCAAGUUAUCUGAGGAGACAGUGUCGCAGAAUCAGCAAUUGGGAAGGAGGGCUACAGAGGCAAUACGAGUCCUCUCAGGACGUCUAAUACAGACACGAGACCAGAUUGCACAACCGGAGAAACCAUCCAGUCCCAAAUUCAUCGUGACACUGGAUGGUGUGCCUAGUCCACCAGGAUACCUUUCUGAUCAAGAAGAGGAAGAUACGUGUAUGACUGAAGGACUAAAGCCAGUUACCCAAAAUAUGUGUCCCAGCAAAGGAUUAAAAGGCCUUCGAGUACAGCAGAUGCAAAUUGUAACCAGGCAGCUAGAGAGCUGUGAUGUGGAUAUGGACCAGUUAAAUGUCCUGCAAAAGCAGGAGAAGGUGCUUGAGCGCUGCAAGUACUGGCCUGCCUGUAAAAAUGGAGACGAGUGUGUGUACCAUCACCCCACGCUACCUUGCAAAGUUUUUCCUAACUGCAAAUUUGCUGAUAAAUGCUUGUUCAUCCAUCCAAACUGUAAAUACGAUGCAAAGUGCACUAAGCCAGACUGCCCUUACACUCAUGCCAGUCGACGAACUCCCCAUCCGUGUCCUAAACCAGCACCACUACCCACACCAUCUAUACCCUCUAGUAGUCCACUGUGCAAGUUUUUUCCUGCUUGUAAGAAAAUGGAGUGCCCAUUUUACCACCCAAAACAUUGUAGAUUUAAUACCCAGUGUACACGACCAGACUGCACUUUCUACCAUCCAACUAUUGCUGUACCUCCACGCCAUGCCUUGAAAUGGACUCGGACUCAAACCAGUGAAUGAUUGAUACAACUUUGGGACUGAACUUUGCCUCCUUUGGACAGUAGUGGAAAGGACGAUAACCACCAGGAG